GGGUAGGAAAUUCAAGGAAAUUAGAAAUGUCUGUUGCAAGUUGAUUGUGGAUAAACAACAGAAAAGGUUAAGAAAUGGAAGUGACACGAUUGAAUUUUCAAGAGGUACUGACGGAAUUGGAUGAUGUUCUAAAAAAUGCGUCAUUUCUUGGAAUUGAUGGAGAAUUCACAGGACUCAAUUCAGGACCUAAUGUUAGUGCUUUUGACACACCUGCUCAGUAUUAUACCAAAUUAAGAGCAGGUUCAAUGGACUUUCUUCUUGUACAAUUCGGCCUGUCUGCUUUUACAUUUGAUACUCAAAAUCACAAGUACAGUCAACGAUCGUAUAACUUUUAUGUUUUUCCACGACCCUUGAAUCGCGCAGCUCCAGACUGCAGAUUUAUGUGUCAAGCAUCUUCUAUAUCGUUCUUAACUACUCAAGGGUUCGAUUUUAAUAAACUUUUUAAAUUGGGUAUUCCUUAUUUAACGACGAGCGAAGAAGAAAAGUUGGUGAAACGAUUAGAAGAGAGGCAGAAGGCAAGAGACGAAGUACCAGAAUUGAUACCCAUUUCGGAUGACGAUAGACCUCAAAUUGAAGAAAUUUGCACGAGGAUAGACGAGUUCUUAGCUUCUGAAGCGGAAGAAUUGAUCAUAGACAAGUGUAAUGCUUUUAUUAGGCGACUUGUACAUCAAGAAGUAAGGGUAAGAUGGCCGAAUAAAUUGAGAGUUGAAAGCAAAUCGGAUUGUUCUGGACACAGUCUUAUAGUACAAAGGUCAGGGACGAGAGAAGAAGAGGAACACAAGGAAAUUCAGAGAAGAGAGAGAGAAAAGUUGGAAAUCAAAGAAGCAGUUGGUUUCAGUACAGUCUUAAAGAAAAUUGCUGAGUCUGGGAAAUUAAUAGUCGGUCAUAACAUGUUACUGGACAUCUGUCAUAUAAUACAUAAAUUUUUCGGACCUUUACCAGAAACCUACACGGAAUUUAAAUCUCUCGUUCAUAGCUUAUUUCCAAGAAUUUUAGAUACGAAAGUACUUUGCCAAUCGCAACAGUUUAAGGAAAAUGUACCAUCGUCGAAUUUAAAUGUAUUACUAGAAAGGGUUAGCAAGUCGCCGUUUAAGAUUCCAGAUAUAGAAUCUGUCGAUGGUAGAAGUUAUAUCACGUUGGCAGAAAAAUACCACGAGGCAGGCUACGACGCUUACAUCACUGGAAUAUGUUUUAUUGCAUUAUGUAACUAUCUUGGUUCUAUACAGAAGCCUGGAGUUUCAAUAGUUCUGUCUGAUUCACCUCUUCUUAAUCCUUUUUUAAACAAGACACUUAUUGUUAAAUUUAAUGAUUUAGUAUUAAUACUGUUAAUUUUUUCGUGUCUAGCAAAUCCUAGCAGGGAUCACGUGUUCCAUUUGACAUUCCCAAAAGAGUGGAAGCUUAGUGAUAUCUCUCAACUGUUUAGCCCAUUUGGAAGCGUGUACGUGUCCUGGUUGUCCGAUAUGUCCGCCUAUGUAGCGUUAAAUCGUCGUGAACAAGCUAGCGUAGUAAUCAAAACUCUGAAUAAAGCAACUACGUACAAGAUUCAAAAAUAUGCGGAAUAUCAAGCAUCGUUGGAGACGAAUCUUAACACAAGAGAACGCAAACGAAAAUUAUCUACCUCUGAGACUGACGCGUCGAAAACGGAAGAAAACUCUAUCUCAACAAAUGGCGCGAAGACGACGAAGGAUGACAAUGGUUGGGAAGUGGCCACAGGGAAACGACGUCGGAGACGGAAGGACAAGGGAGAUGCUGAAGAUUCUGUGAAGAAGAAGCCCUUCACGGAGGCAUCUUGGGAUUGA